CUUUAGAUAUAUAAAUUAAAGAAAACAUUUUGCUUAAAAGUUGUGUAAGACAUUAUUACAAAACUUUCCAUUAUUUUUUGAUUAUGAAGCGGUCUUUAAAUAGUUCGUCUAAUCCUGAAAGUAAAACAAAGCAACAAAAAUUAUUUUCUUCCAAGUUUGAUUUGAUAUGGAAAAACCAUGGUGAUCCAAUUAAAGAUUUGUAUCCUUUAAUAUAUUUAGAUGGUCCGAGUGUAAGUUCUUCUACAAAAAUAGCUUCUUUUGAUCUAGAUGACGCAUUAAUUACUACCAAAAGUAGAAAAAAAUUUCCUAUUUCAGAGUCAGAUUGGAAGUUUCUUAGUUCUAAAGUUGUUGCAAAACUGAAAUCACUUUAUAAUGAAGGCUAUAAGUUAGUUAUUUUUACAAAUCAAGCUGGCAUUGAGAAAAAAAAGUUAAAACCACAAGUUAUUCAGACAAAGAUUAUGGACAUCAUUGAUGAACUAGGAAUACCAAUGCAAGUUUUUAUCUCAACUGGUGAAAAUAUUUAUCGAAAACCGUAUAUAAAUGCAUGGAAUUUUUGUGUUCUUCAGUGCAACGGUACCUCUGUUGCUAAUCUUAGUGAAAGUUUUUAUGUUGGUGAUGCUGCUGGAAGACCAAAAGACUGGGCAGUGGGACGAAAAAAAGAUUUUUCGUGUAGUGAUCGAAAAUUUGCUAAAAAUAUUGGCAUUCAGUUUUAUACUCCUGAAGAGUUCUUUGAUGGAGCAGUACCUUACCUAGAAUUUGAUUGGGGAUCAAUCGAUCCAGUUAAAGCCUUAAGUGAUUAUUCUGAACAUUCUUUUGAAAAUAUUUGUUCAAAUGAUGUUGAGAUGAUUAUCUUUGUUGGAUCUCCAGCAGCUGGCAAAUCGUUUUUUGCAAAAAAUUAUCUUGAGCCGAAAUUAUAUGUAAUUGUUAAUCGAGACUCGUUGAAAACUAUUGAAAAAUGUAUUUCGCUUGCUGAAAAAAGUUUAAAGAACAAGAAAAGUGUUGUUAUCGACAAUACGAAUCCUUCAAAAGAAGCCCGAAAGGUGUUUAUCGAUUUAGCAAAAAAGUAUAAUGUUUCCGUUAGAUGUUUUAAUUUCCAAACUCCUUUAGAGCUUGCUCAUCACCUAAACAGGUUUAGACAAAUUGUUUCAGGCGGAACUAUCAGACGAGUUCCAGAUGUUGGUUUUAACACGUUUAAGAGUAAGUUCCAGCCUCCAUCUAAAGAAGAAGGAUUUGAAAUAGUCACAAUUAACUUUUCUCCGAAGUUCCAUACCAAUGAAGAAAAAGCGUUAUUUCUCCAAUGGACUUAAUUCAAUUUUACAAAUGUGUAUAUAUAUAUAUAUAUAUUACAAAUGUGUGUAUAUGUAUAUAUAUUACAAAUGUGUGUAUAUAUAUAUAUUACAAAUG